AUGGACAAAUUUCGCUCGGGUCGCAAAUGGCUCAAAGGCAAGUUGCGAGGACGCCUCCAAAGAACUCCCAAGGAGAGAAAAAUCAUCAUUGGACAUCCAACUGAUUUCCGUCGCGAGAAUAUCACUUUGGGGACAGACGUUGACGGAAACACAACCCUCGUGGAAAAGGCUCGAGAAGAUGCCCAAGCGACGUACAUUGCUUCGAAAACACAGCCUCCCGGGAACACUGCU